UCCUCGAGCCCGUAGCGCCGCGGACUGCCUCGUCUUCCCCUUCUCUUCCCGAACCCUAAUCCCAACUCCUCUCCGUCGCCUCGAUUUCAAUCGUUGCACUUCCUUAGCUCAAGAAAUUUCAACCGAAGACUGAUCGAUCAUUGAUCCGUAGUGUUUCGCGCACUUGAGCAGCGUACUGAUCGAUAGUUCGUGGAUUUCAGGUGGUCAACCCUGGCGGAAGCUAGGGUCAGAUGAUGGCGGAUCCGCGCCGCAUCUGCCGCCGCCUGUCUGGAAUCAGCAUUGAGUCCGUGAGAUCGUGUUUGAAGGUCUCUGACGAAGUUUUGAGAUUGGGGGUUUGUAUUGGGAGGGAGGAAUUGGACGCUGCGGAAGUAUGCUGACCGUUCUCCGGGUUCAUCUUCCGUCCGAAAUCCCCGUCGUAGGAUGCGAGAUCACACCCUAUGUCCUCUUGCGGCGGCCGGAUGGUUCCAUCUCGAGUGAUGAAGUACCCGAGUCUAUCCCGUUCAAUGGUUGCUGCAUGAGAUAUAGGUGGUACAGAAAUCUAGGUGAUCAGAAAGUUCCCAUAUGCAGUGUACAUCCGACUGAGCCUGCAACUCUACAGUGCUUGGUUUGCCUCAAGGAGAAAGUGCCUGUUGCUAAGAGUUUUCAUUGUAGUCCUAAAUGCUUCUCUAGUGCUUGGCAGCAUCAUCGUUCAUUGCAUGAACGGGCUAAAAAGGCACAAACUGAAAAUGAAGCUGAGGAGGAAGAGGUGCAUGGACGUGGAUUUGGUACUUUUACUCUGGGUUUAUCUGGUGCUCCAUCAAGUUCUGCUCCAGUAUCUAUAUAUCCUAUAACUGUUGCUGACAAAAAUGGGGAAUCCUGGUCUGAAGUUGGUGUUUCUAGGACAUACACACCCACAGAUGAAGACAUUAAUCAUGUUCUCAAGUUUGAAUGUGUGGUGAUUGAUGCAGAGACAAGAGCAAGUAUUGGAAAUGUUAAUACAGUUUUGACAUCACGAGUAAUUCCAGCCCCUGCACCUACUCCACGUCGAAUGAUUCAAGUGAAUGGAGAUCUCUUGGGGCAAUUAGAUGUAGACGGUCGGGCAUCUUCUGGGACAUUUUCUGUGCUCUCGUACAACAUUCUUUCUGAUGUGUAUGCCACAAGUGAGCCAUAUAGCUACUGUCCAACUUGGGCCCUUUCAUGGCCUUACCGGAGGCAAAAUUUGUUACGUGAAAUUGUUGGUUACCAUGCUGAUAUCAUUUGUCUCCAAGAGGUCCAAAAUGACCAUUUUGAGGAAUUCUUUGCCCCAGAACUUGAUAAAUACGGAUAUCAAUCACUUUACAAGAAAAAAACUUCGGAGGUUUAUAGCGGCAAUCCAAAUACUGUUGAUGGUUGUGCUACAUUUUUCCGCAGGGACAGGUUUUCACAUGUCAAAAAAUAUGAGGUUGAUUUCAACAAAGCUGCACAAUCUUUGGCAGAAAUUGCAAUUCAAUCUAGUCAAAAGAAAGUCGCUUUAAGCCGUCUUAUUAAGGACAACAUUGCUUUAAUUGUGGUCCUGGAAGCAAAAUUUAGUAACUAUGGCACUGUUAAUCCUGGAAAAAGACAACUAAUUUGUGUUGCAAACACUCAUCUAAAUGCCCUUCAGGAGCACAAGGAUGUUAAGCUAUGGCAGGUUCAUACCCUCUUAAAAGGUUUGGAGAAAAUUGCUGUUAGCGCAGAUAUUCCUAUGCUGGUUUGUGGAGAUUUUAACUCUGUACCAGGAAGUGCUCCUCAUGCCUUACUGGCAAAUGGAAAAAUUGAUCAAUUGCAUCCAGACUUGGCUGUUGAUCCGUUGGGAAUUGUGCAUCCUACGCACAAGAUAGGUCAUCAGCUACCAUUGGUUAGUGCAUACUCAUCAUUUGCAAGAAUGGUGGGAGUAAGCUCUGGAUUAGAGCAACAAAGGAGGAGAAUGGAUGCCGCAACACAUGAGCCUUUGUUUACAAAUUGUACCAGGGAUUUUAUUGGCACUGUUGAUUACAUAUUUUACACUGCUGACUCAUUGUCAGUGGAAUCCCUGUUGGAGUUAUUAGAUGAGGAAAACCUACGCAAGAACACUGCCAUUCCUUCUCCUGAAUGGCCAUCUGAUCAUAUAGCCCUUCUAGCAGAAUUUAGGUGCAAACCUACUAGAAUUAGACGCUAAAACUAGCUGUUUUGUCCCAUUUGUUGUCUGUUGGAUUAAACAAACGAGACGGUAAAUCAAAAAGCCAUCACUUGGUCAGUUCUCAGAGGUAGAUAUUUGUUUCCACUGCUGUUAUAUUAAGUAUAUGUCGCCAUGGUGGGCUCAUCUUCAACUAUUCUAUGUACCAUUGUAUUGUUUGAUAGCUAAAUAUGUUCUUUUUGGUGAACUCUUUGGCAAUAGGAUUUAGCCAUAUUUUGACAGAAACCUUACAGAAACUUGGGGAUUCAAAAUACAGGGUUCAUGGCUACCACGUUGGUCUUGAAACCCCAGUAGCUUCUAUAGAAAGUAUUCUUGCCAUUUGGCUUGACGACAUGUGCAUGCACUCCUUACCGGUUUUCUCGUGCCGCCAAAUGCCAUACGAUUUGCUUCAAUCUAGUAUCUACGAGAAAUACUGACAUUUGCGUUUCAUAGUUUGUAGCAUGUGAAGUGCUAUGCCCGCUAAGGUGGGCUUGUAAACACUUUUCUUGUAAACGCAUCGGUUGAUCAAGGUGUUUUUUUUUAAUGGUCCAA